GGGGCGGUGCUGAUUGGUGGGACGAGCAACCUGGGUCCUAGUUGGCAGAGCUCUUCCCGGAUGGACGCUCCGUCCGUGGAGUGAUGGUGGCGGCCGCGGCGAUGGGCCGGGCGGGGACCAUGGUGGUGGCGGCCGAGGUGGCAGGGGCAGGGCGGCUGGCGGCAGAGGAGGCUGUGGUCGUCAGGGGGCUGUAAGUGGAGGGAUGGCUCGUGCCAGCAGCGCGAACGGCAGCGAGGAGGCCUGGGGGGCACUUCGGUCGCCGCCGCAGCAGCUUCGAGAGCUGUGUCCAGGGGUCAACAACCAGCCCUACCUCUGCGACAGCGGCCACUGCUGCGGGGAGACCGGCUGCUGCACCUACUACUACGAGCUCUGGUGGUUCUGGCUGCUCUGGACCGUACUCAUCCUCUUCAGCUGCUGUUGUGCCUUCCGCCACCGCCGAGCUAAGCUCCGGCUGCAGCAGCAGCAGCGGCAGCGGGAGAUCAACCUGCUGGCCUACCAUGGGGCAUGCCAGGGGGCCGGCCCCGUCCCUGCAGGGUCACUGCUGGACCUUCGCCUGCUCAGCGCCUUCAAACCCCCAGCCUACGAGGAAGUGGUCCACCGCCCUGGUACACCGCCGCCUCCCUACACUGCGGCCCCGGCCUGGGCCCUGGCCACCCCCUCUGCGCCUCGAUGCAGCGCCAGCGUGGGCGAUGCCCCUUCCCACCAACACAGCCGGCACCCAGAGGGGGAGGCCGGGGCCGGACCCAGCUCUGCCUCGACGCCGCCCUCCUGCCGCUCUCGCCGCCUGACCGGUGACUCGGGCAUUGAGCUCGGUCCCUGUGUCGACCCCAGUGACAGCGAGCCACUCAAAGAGGCCAGAGCAGCGGCCACCCCCAGCGGCCUGCCCCUGGACGCUACACUCCCCGUGUCUCCAGUGGGGCUGGCUUCCAGUGAAGGGGACAUCCCAUAG